AUUAGAUAGCUAUUUCAGAUGCUCGACAAAGCAGCAGCUAUCAGCUGUCUCAAGUCUUAGUUUGAAUCAGCGGCACUUUAGUCUUUUAUCAUCACAAUCAUAAUGGAAGUUACGGAGUUCAGGCUCAACUAUCAUCUGGGCAUGGGAGAAGGCGGGGACAAAAUAAGAUACAGUGUCUGCCAAUUGCUUAUUGACAAUCGUGUCCCGCACACCAUAUGGUUUGAAGAUGCUCUUGUCCACUUCGAUGUUCCUACUGCUGUUUUUGACCUUUAUAUCCUAGUUGAGGGUGUCGAUGUGGCUGCCAAUAUUCUUGCUACGGCUGGGUGGCAUUUCGAUAUGCAAGCACCACAUCUCAUUGGGAAUGCGGAGGUGGAUUUGUUGGACUUUCCUCAACAGCGAUUAAUAUCCCCGGACGGCGAGACGAGAACGGUUCUCCUUCCCGCGACAGACUGGAAGUUUCCUCUAACGUCCAACACCCGAUUGGAAUUUGUGCCUUUAAAAGUCAUGCCGUCGCUCAAGGUGCCAUUUCCACCAUUGGCAGGUUUCUUGGAUGCGCUAAUCGAUAGCUGGCUCGACUGUCCCAGCAAUGAUGCGAUGCUAUUACUUGUUCUGGCUUGCCAGAUCUCCUAUCUCUACACGCAUGCUCCGGCUUUAAAACAGAAGUCUUUCGCCGAAGAAAUGAAAUACGAGCACCGCCAGUUUCACUUCGACGUGUUAGCAGGUAUGGAGACUGGGACGUUGCAAUUUCGACAGCACCAGCGUGAUAUUCGGGAUGCUUUAUUACGCGGCCAGUAUACAUUGCGGGAUUGCUCCGCUUCCCGUGACAAUAAAGAUUAGUUCGACCCCUUUGGAGGGAUCACAUUUGAAUGAGUUGGGAAGGAGGAGCAUGAUGAGGAUUCUCACGAGUCCCACAUAGAUUGACUUCUAAGGGGUCUAUUACUGUCAAGCAUGUAUCAAUGGCCAUAAUCCAAUAUUCAUAUUGGCCUGAUUUCCUUGGUUUCCUGAGGUUCGUGGCAUAUCGGACAGAGAUCGUGAGAUCAUGUUGGACAGAAAAGGUUAUCGC